AUGUUUGGCUUUGAAGGAAAUUUCCUGGGAGAGAUUGCAUUGAAAAGUAACCCUCGUUCGUUGGCUUUUACCCCGUCAGGUGACCUCCUUGUCUGUGCUUUACUGGAGGUGUUUAGCAGGAGCAUCUUUCUCUUUACUGAAAAUGGUCAGUUUGUCAAAUACAUUGGCGGUGAACAUGUAAAGGCACCGUACUACGUAUCUGUUUCCAGUGAUGGUCGCAUUAUCACAAGUGAUUCUGAUGACAAGAGAAUCAAAGUUCUUACGGCUGACGGGAAAAACUUACUUCAGUCGUUCAAAGCUCCAGAUUAUGAUGAAUACCCGGACUUUAUCGUUUAUCGCCAGGACAAAUUCUUUGCUUCCUUUUAUUGUGCUUGUCGCGUCAUGGUAUUUAACAACGCAGGGGAGUAUCUACAUGACAUUGGAAGAAAGGGAUCUGAUGACGGGCAGUUCUCGUGUCCCAUUGGUCUCGCUAUUGACAAGUUUAACCGUCUGAUCGUUUGCGAUGGGGGAAACAGAAGACUGCAACUUUUCACUCUUGAUGGAAAGUAUAUCGCUCAGAUAGCUGGGAGGUUUUUUGCGGGUGCCAACCCUCGUCAUGCUGUCAUCUCCAAUACUGGACAUUUGUUUGUUACUGAUUCACGGCGACACUGUGUGCAUGUUUUCCAUUAGCACUGUAAGCGAGCAAGUGUGUUUAUGGAAGUGACAUAGUAUAUUUUAUAUUUAUGAACCAUUUCAGAUCAUUUUGAAACAGUAUCAUUUAACAUGCUGGCAAAUAAUAACUACCAUACAUUGUCUCGCUUUUGUUGUUUGAAAGACAUGCUUCUAACGGACUUUACGAGAAACGUCUGUUUUGAAAGAAAGGCAAGAUCAAAUAGCUAGGUACUACCCUGCGAGCAUACGAAGUCGUUUCCAUCAUAUGUCAGUCAAGUACAGUCAACUCUCGCCUUACGGACACCCCGUCGCAGAUAAUACUGACAGCAGCUAAAUCCCAGGCAAAAACAAAUUGCAGACGUUUGACUUAAAUAAACUCUAGCUAAAUGAGGACACCAACUCGAGGUCCUCACAGUGUCCGUAAUAAAGGACGUUGACUGUAGUUGUUGUUUUGUUUUCAGUAAACGCCCCAGGACUGAUAAAACAAAUUAACAACGCGACUAACAAGCGAUGCGAACGACUUCAUAAAGUAAUGCUAAACCCCGUGCAAGUGUUUGUUUUAGCGAGAUAUCCAUCUAAUUUAGAUGCAUGUUACGGAGAGAGAUUGUCCAUUACCUAAUAUGCGUCCGGCAAUAGCUUAAUUCUAGAAAUUAUUUAUAAGUUUGGUGUACCAUUAUUCUAAAAACAGGUAAUUGUUUUUCAUGUAUUGCGUAUUUGCUUAAAAUGUGGAAGAACAUGAAGCGAGUGGGUUAUUACCUUCAUGAAGUGGCGGCUUGCCUACUUCCCAAGGGGACCGGUUGCAUAAAACCUGCACUUACGAAUCCGUUAUGUGUACACGGGUGUUGCAUGGAAGUUCCUGUUUUACGUGGUAACGUACGGGCAUACUUAAGAGCACACGUAACUUUGUUAAAGUACUUUGACCAACUGUAUUUUUACUUAAAGUUAAGCGUCGGUGAGUGUAAAGUAAGCGUUAAGUCGUUUCGAACAAUUUAAAGGCUCUCAUUGAAAUCAUGUUUGCUUGCCAUCACUAUUUGACUUCAGUAUCCACUCGAAGUUUUUGUUGUUCUUGCAGCGUAGAUCAGAGGUUAACAACGGAUUAGAACGGAAUUACGUAAAGAAAAGACUUUUUUUACUUCUCAGUAAAAGAUCUCGUUAACUUUGGUAAAAACAGUAAGGAUGCGGGACCUACACGUAGGUCCAGUAAAUUUACGUGUCAUUUUUCCCUAAAAAGCGUUUUCAUGCAACACCCGCAAUUUCUGUUGCAUAAACGACACGUAAUCGACCACUAACGAAAAUCUUAAGAGGAGUCACUUAAGUAAAUUCACUUAAGUGACGAGCACACGUACGAUACCUUGACUCCUUUGACAGAUAUUGGGCAUAGAUUUUUAAGAGCUCGAUUUUUGCCGAGGAGCGCGGGCUGAUUUCCCGGCUGGUAAUGAAGCCUAAGAUUUCUACCACGUGCAUGCGGGUAUGAAAUAGAAGCUCGGUGAGGGUUUUUGCUUUCUGUGGUAACUUCACGAACUCCGGCGUGUCGCAGAAGACUCUUAUAAUUAGAGACAGUUCUAACUUUGUGUUGUAUUCUAUGUGAGCUGUUAUUGAUGCUUCGUUGUCAGCUAGCUUUAAACAUCUGAAGAUUUAUCGAUGUCUUUUAGAUGGAACUGUAGGACCGAACCAAGGUUUUCGGUGACAACAACCUUGUUGUGUACAGUGAAGCUGUGUUGCGUAAACUCAAUAGCCUGUAAGGCAGGCGCAAAAAGCCUCGGGAGGGGAAGAGGAAGAGAAACGCGAAAGGAAAACGGGAUCCUCUUCCCCAAUCCCCCUCUCCUUCUCCAAUUUGUCCCUCAGGCUAUUCCCUCCCCUUUCAACGCUAGCUACGCAGGCCUGAACCCAACAAGUCCAUUAUAUAGCUGGACGCCUUAUCUAUUAGCAGGUAGAGAUGCCAUUGUGUUUCACUCUGUUAUUUAUCGAUCUGGAAUAAAAUAAACCUGUAAUAGCGGACAUAUCUAUUCAGCGGAUACUAGCCACAAAAUCAUGUUUUUCUUUUGGAAAUUCAGUCGCCGGUGAUGACGAUUUUGGCUCGAGUCACAAAUAAUAACUCAUCUUUUUUGCAACUUAUUAUAACUAACCCUUAUUUAUUUAUCUAUUUAUUUAUUUGUGUCGUGUGCAGGACGCGCUAGGAGCAGUAACAAAAUCAGCAGGUUAGUGACAGAAUAAUAUACUACUAAAGAAAAUACAUAUAAAUCUUCCCGUCCAUGUAAUCUUCUAUUGGGUCCAUACAUUUUGAUUGUACGUGUCUUCAUAAGGAGGAAGACAGGUAUGAAGACAUCUUUAACUAAUUUUUACAUUGUUUCCGUCUUACAGGAAAAGAGGCAAGACUACAGGAAACCAAGCAAGUCAGAAAUAUUAAAUUCAGAGAAACUCAAGGUAAACUAAUCUCAUUUAACUUUUAUUACGAAAAACAGCAAUUAUUAGAUUAUUUAACUAAUAUUUAACGAAGAGUAUUCCUCUAUUUUGAAUUAACUAGAAUAUAAAGAGCCAACAAUUUGCGAAUGUUUUUUAAAUUGAGCACUUGCGAUGAACCCCUAUAGAUGUUAGCGGAAGGUUUCAUUAAACCUGCAUUAUUGGUAAGGGGUUUCAUGGAAAAGGCAAAACAGAAGUUUUCAGCUGCGGAAUACUUACGAAUAAAAUACCUUCAGCGCAUGGGUGAGAAGUAUUUUUUUAUUUAACCAUUUUAAAAGAAAGACAUACUUUCAUUAGCUUGACCUGAGUUGUACUGCCAUUCGGGGGCUAAUGCAUGAGCCGGGUAGUCUUGCUUUGCUGAGGUGAAUUUUGUUAUUACACCAUCUCGAUACUGGCUUGUGUAUCAGGCGUUUAUGGGAGGCGAAAAGGAGAAGAGAAGCGAAAAGUUCAAGCCCCAGGGAAAGCCUGAUGCUGAAGCCAUCUCGAUGCAGGGAUGCAGAUUUUUUAACGCGUUUAAUUAACGUGCCGCUACUGUAUUGGUAAAGUGGGUCAUUCCUUGCAAACCAGGCUAUUCCAGCCUCCUCCUCAGGUGCUUCGUUUUCGCAUGGUUUCGUAUUGAGGCGAGCGCAAAACGCGAGUGACUGGUGACUAAGCGCAAGGAACCAUGGGAAGCCGUAAAGAAGGGAGGCGAUGCACGUCUCGCCCGUUUUCUCCUUCCCGCCUUCCUUUGCACGCAAAUUUUCAUCGCGAGAGAAAAAGAGAGAGAGAGACUUCUGGGUACGAGGCAGAGGCCAUUCCGUCUAAAAAAAAAUCAGCCUCUAAGGGUCCUCUUCUUUUGCCAAACGGGUUAUUGUAUUUGACAAUUGCACUUUCGUGCACUUAAUAAAUGUCUCAGAUGCAAUCGUAAAUCCAAGAGACUUCAGAAUAACACUUUGUUCCCAUGAGUCCUGCUCAGUAGCAUAAACAGUCAAACGCAGGAGAAUACUCAGCCGUAUUCUGUCGGUGAGACCUAUCUUUUGUUAUUUUCUCUAUCUAGGUAUACUUUGAAGAUAAUUCAAGAGACUUACAAUUGUUGAGACUUGACAAAGACCUACAUCCGACUAGAAUACAACCUCACUCGAUAAAUGUCCCUGAAUACCUCGGUGAGUUAUUUACCUUGAGCUAAUUCAUACCGUUUAAAUAAAAAUCAUUCUCAAACCCCAUCAAAGACAAAACAAAACUUAUCUUCUGUUAAUCCUUACUUCAUUUCUUUUCGAUCAGUUGCAGCGACUCUUAAAACAUCCAUGACAAAGUUCUCAGGAAAGAGAAGACGCCCACACGUUAUCUCGUCAGAAAAAAACUCCGCUCACAAUACAUUUGGCAAGGUUAAUAAGGAAUAAUUAAAACAUAUGUUUGUAUAUAAUUGUAGUUUAAAUACUUUGGAAACAGGGAUUCUGUAUGCUGAAGUAACUCAACAAAAGGGCAAUUGACUAUUUCACCGAGACCCGAUAAUACACCUUGUUUAUCCCCCAAAAUGUUGCAUAACCAUUGUCUUGGAUUUCUCUUGGGAUGUCUGUAAUACCCAGGAGAAACUGGAAACAAUCGUUCUGGAAAAUGUUGUUGGAUAAACAAGGUGCACUAUGUUAUCUUAUCUUGUUGACUGUCCUCAAGGCAUAGUGUUAGACAAUUUCUCCUCAGCCUCUUCGAUUAUCUUGUGGAGUCCCUCAAGGCUCUGUUUUGGGACAGAUGUUAAUUUUCUCUCUAUAUUUCUCCAUUGGAGGAUGUAAUUACGGCUCACGGCUUAAAUUUAAUGACCUAUGCCGAUGAUUUUCAGCGUUACAUUAUUAUGAGACAAAGUAAUCGUGCUACUUACGCUUUGUUUCCAAGAUAUCAUGUCCUGCUCUUACAUGCUUAAAUGUAACCCAAAGAAGACUGAAAUCAUUCACUUCUCCUCGCUUUUUUACCGGCCGAACCAGUUCCGUCUAUCAAGGUUGGAGAUUGUUUAAUUUCUCUGAGUAAUGAAGUCAAAGACCUUGGGCUCACACUUGACCGCCAUCUCACUUUUAAAACUCACAUCAACAACAUUUGUCGCUCCACAUCACAUCGGAAAAAUUAGGAACCCUCUAUCUAGAUCUACUACGGAACGUCGUAUUCACGCAUUUGUCUCUUCAAAACGAAUUAAUACAACAGCAUUCUUCACGGCCUACCCUCCCACGAGCUAUAGAAUUGACAACCGUUGCAAAAUACAGCCAUAAGGCUAACUGUUAGAGCAAAAAAGUAGGCUCACAUUACUCCAAUCUUAAAGAGUUUGCACUAACUCCCAUGAAAAUAAGGAAUUAAUUUUAAGAUUCUGUUGGUCACGUACAAAAUCCUCCAUGGCUUUGCUCUUGUUUAAAUGAGCUCCUAUUUAACUACACUCCUCACCGUUUAAUGCGAUCGAGCAGCUUAAACCUGCUGUCUAUUCCCAAAGACUAGAACGGUUACCGAUGGCGACAGAUCAUUCUCUUUAGAGAUCAUCAAGCCCUCGUAUAUGAAAAUAAAAACCGGAAGGGUUUUAUUGACCACAAGCGUGAUGUCAAAUUGUCGAAAACAUAAAGGUAAAAACCUGAAAAACCUCAGUGGGCGGGCUACUUUAGAUUCACUCUGGAGACAAAUAUGCGCCUGUUUUUAGUUACUUGAAACUGUCAGAUGAGUCUUUCGCAUUAAUUCAUCUUGGUGACAUCUAUAUCGGACACCUCUCUUAUAAGGACACCCUUAAUUUGCUGUCCGUAUCACAGAGAUCCAACAAUACUUGGCGUCUUACAAUUCAAAUAUCCUCUUUUAAUUGAUUACUUGGAAUAAUAAACACUUCUUGAUCUUUUUUUUGAAAUUGUUUUGCCUCAGAAACGAAAGUUGAAUCCAUUGAAGAGCUUCAAGUACCACAAACAUCAGCACAAGGGAAAUAAGGUGAGAACAUUCUUUGGCCUUUUUGCGCGCCCACAAUCACUUCAGCUUUCUUUAUUUUUAACCCAGGUUACAAUUUACCAUUCAGAUUUUUUUUAUCACAUCACUCGGAAUGCUUGUUUCAUUGCUUUUCCUUGCAUGCUGAUGCAAAUUCACUGGACUUCACAGAGAAAUUAUAGCGCUAAAUUUAUAACGCUAAUCAGUCUCUCGGGAACCGUUGCCUGGUCUGCAGAGCGGGGUGUCGCUAGUCUCAUUCGCAGCCGCUGUUAAGGUCGUCAUGCAACGCUCCUCCCCACUAACAUAAUAGUGGGGAGAGGCGUUGCGUGACGACCAUAAUAACGGCUGCGAACGAGACUAGGAUGUCAUGAUUAUAUAACUUAUGGAGAAGAUAUUUCUGUGUCUUGCAAACAGCUAGUCUGCUACACAGCCGUUUUUAGUGUCGUCACGCAGCGUUAGUGGGAAGGAGCGUUGCGUGACGACUCUAAAAACGGCUGUGUAGCAGACUAGCAAACAGCCGGACCUUUGCUUUGUUCGGUUACCUGAGAUCAGGUUCUAUGUUCAUUUCUUCGUUUGGUAAAUAACAUUUCGGCGAGAAAGGAGAACACAUAAGAAAAAAAUAAAAAAGAGUUUCUUUUAGUAGUAUUCAACUACGUUGACAAUAACAGACAAACGUUUUUGCUUUUCUAUUUCUCAUGAUUUGGCUCGUUGGGGGAGGGGGGGCACUCCUUACAAUGGUCUGUACGGGGUACCUUUUUCAGGUUUCAGGUAUAUGAAAGGGUAGGGAUUUCAUCAGUUGAAGUUUAUGAAAGGUUAGAGAUAUCUUUCGUUUAGGUCUGUUAAAGGACCAAAAAGGGCUAACAGGCGCAGACAGAUUUCAAGUGAUUUAUUUAUUUCUAAAAUACGCUGCACUUACAGCAGUUGAAAGGGAUGUAAGUUGUAAACUAGCUAUGUGGAAAAGGGUAUCAUUUGUCAGUAGAACGUAAACGAAAGGGGAACCUUUUCGUUUCAGAAUCGUAUAUAAAAAGGAAAGGGGUUGGACCUCGGGGUGGAGUCUCCCCGUGGAGUCUCUCCAAGUACCCCCGUGGGCUUGUGUUACUAUGAUAUGCUGUGUGUUAAUCCGUAAUUAGAAAAAACUGCAUUCAUUCAUCAAGACGUUUUUCUUGUAUUAACCCAGGGACAUAGUAAAGGAAAGAAAACUUAAUCAGUGGUUGGUAUAAGUCUCUUUUCUGUAUGGGAACAGAACAUCGAUGGUCUGGUAGCCAAUCAUCACACAGAUGAAAGGAAGGAACACGUGACGAAGCCCUAUGAACGUCUGCGUGGGGGGCUAUUGUUUGGUGACCAUCAAACGAGUGUCGUCCCACAUGUUUUGUCCCAGUCCUGCCACUAAAUGACCAAAUGAAGUCAUCCGAAUUUAUGUCAGCCACUUCCUACUCUCUGCGGCGAAAGACUUCAAAUAAUGGUGUGAAAUCAGUUAGUGCUACGGAAACUACUAAUGGAAAAAAAGUGAUUCGUCAAACGUUAAUCAAAUGUAGUAGUGCUAGUGAGAACUUGUACUCAAGAAAAAUACGCGUAGAAAUCUGCUGUCGACACAACCAGAAUCAGGCUACCGUUGAAGAUUUAUUCCUUGUUAUCGUUUAAAGAUUAAUGGAUGAGAAGAACAGUUAAUUGGACAUUGUAUAAUCGUAUGACGUUCUCAAACUGCAGAAUUAUAGAAGUAGUUUUCUGUUUUAGUUCUGCCGGCCAUUAAGAAAAAACAACGGCUUAUAGUCGGUAAACCGUGCUACCAGAUAUUUUGAGGUAAAAGUAAAGGGCCUUGCUUCAACGACGCGUGUCCAAUUUACAAAAAGGUACCACGACAGUCGUUGUCAUAGACAAUAACUGUCGACCAAUGGGCGCUCUAGAAUUUCGACUGUUGCAUAAACAUAGCAAGUCCAAGGUCCAUGACAACUGUUCAUUUCUGAUCAAGUUACGCAUAAUUGGGCCGACCAUGGAUGUGCAACAACUGUUCAGAAAUCUUCAGAAAGAAGCAGAGUGUCCGUUGUGUUUAGAGACAGUUAACAAUCCCAAGACUUUGCCAUGUCUUCACUCAUUCUGCCUCGAGUGUCUCGACAAACAUGCAGGCUUCGCCAGAAGGCAGCUGCAAGCGACGAUCAAAUGUCCGGUUUGUCAGACAUCUUUUCAAAUCCCCGAAGGCGACUCGUUCAAGAACUUGCCCACAUCUUAUCAUCUCAACCGAUUGGUGGAUGUUCUGGCUCUUAAAGAUAGCGGCGCACAGGCCCAAAAAUGUGGCAAUUGUGAUGAGAACAACACCGCUUCCUCGUACUGUUUCGUGUGCCAGAACUUUCUAUGUACUCCUUGUUUUGAAGCUCACCAACGCUUAAAGGCCACAAGAGGUCAUCGUAAUGUUGUGAUAGAGAAAUUGCAAGCUCAAGAUCUGGAAGAUUUGAUCCACAGACCCGUCAUGUGUUCACAGCAAUAUCACGAAAAUCAACCGUUGGAAUUUUAUUGCGAAGAAUGCAAAGUUCCUAUUUGCCACAAGUGCAGUGUAGUGGGCCAUAAUCGACACAUCAUGACAGACACUCAGAAGGCCGCACAAGUACAGAAGAUGCAAAUGAAGGACGCUUUGGAGAAAGUGAAAGCGGAAACCGUUGUUUACGAGAAGAAAGUAAGAAAACAAACCGAGUUAAUGGAUAAGAACAAGAAAGAAAUUAUGUCGUGCGAAAAGAAGAUGACAGAUGUAGUGGAAGAUUUGAUUCGCGAUUUGCGGGAACAUGCCCAGGGGAUCAUGAAAACCAAAUUCGCUGAAAUUUAUGAAGCGCAACAAAAACAUCACGCAACACAACUAGAAAACUUUGAGUUGGUUUUGACUCAACUGAAAAGUUGCGUUGAACGAGGUGAGAGUAUCGUACAAAGAAACAUCAGUGCUGAGAUUCUGCAAACAAACCAAGCUAUUGUUAAAAACUGUGAAGAACUUCUAAAAGCCAGGAAACCUAAACUUUAUAAACCUUUACACGUUAAUUAUAUGGUUGAACAGAAAGUGAAGAUUUUGGAUCGCAUUGUUGUCAGUGACACAGAUCCUACGCUGUCGUUGGCUGAAGUGGCAAGUAUGAAAGAUGUACGAGUAAAAACGGAAACAAAUUUUUCCAUUGUAACCCGAAAUUCGGAUGGGGAACAGUGUUAUCAUGAAGAGGAUGUGAUUAAAGUCAACAUAUUAAAUCCCGCAGGUGAUCAACUGGAAACAGAGAUAAAAGACAGCACAGACGGCAAGUACACAGUAACAUGCACACCACAGUGUGUUGGACAACAUGUAGUAGAGAUCCAAGUUAAUGGACAGCCGCUGACUGGUAGUCCCGGGGUUUUGCAGGUGAUUCCGCAUCAGUAUCGAUUUGCGUUUAAAUUUGGAUCAAAAGGAAAAGAACAGGGACAGUUUAACUCGCCCGUGGGUGUUGCUCUGAAUAAUAAAAGUAGAAUUAUUGCUGUUGCUGAUUAUAACAAUAACAGAAUUGAGAUGUUUGUUUUUGAAGGGAAUUUCCUCCGAGAGAUUGGACUGAAGGGUGAGCCCUGUUCAUUGGCUUUUACCGAGUCAGGUGACCUCCUUGUCAGUGUUCUAUUUGACAGCAGAAUUUUUCUCUUUACUGAAAAUGGUCAGUUUAUCAGCUACAUCGGUGGUGAACAUGUAAAGGAUCCGUGGUACGUAUCUGUUUCCAGUGAUGGUCGCAUUAUCACAAGUGACUUUGGUGACAAGAGAAUCAAAGUUCUUACAGCUGAUGGGAAAAACUUACUUCAGUCGUUUAAAGCCCCAAAUUGUGAUACAGUGGUGCACUGUGUCGUUUAUCACCAGGACAAAUUCUUUGCCUCUUUUUUAUUUGGUGACCGUGUCAUGGUAUUUAACAACGCAGGGGAGUAUCUACAUGACAUUGGAAGCGAGGGAUCUGGUGACGGGCAGUUCUCGGAACCCAUUGGUCUCGUUAUUGACAAGUUUAACCAUUUGAUCGUUUGCGAUGCGGGAAACAGUAGACUGCAACUUUUCACCCUUGAUGGAGAGUAUAUCGCACAGAUAGCUGGGAGUUUUCUUGAGGGUGGCUACCCUCAUUUUGCUGUCAUCUCUAAUACUGGAAUUAUGUUUGUUUCUGAU